CACGUCACUCUGCUUGCUUGCUGCUUGUCGCCGGUGUUUGCCAUCCACCCCCCAUCAAACAAUCAAACAAACUCAUCCAUUAGCCAACCACCACGAUGCCCGCAACCCAACCCCUCAUCGCCAUCAAGGCCGGCAAAUGCAUUCAGGAAUCCAACACCAUCAUACCGAGCCCCGAGCCUGGUCUGCUUUACAUCUACGUGAAUCCCGAUGAAGAGCUGCUGCACCACUUCUGCUGGAAACCUCGUGGCGCCGUCGAGCCCGAAGACGACCUUCUAAUAUUCCCGGGCGAUGCGAAACUCAUACGACACGAUACCGGUCCAACCGGCCGCAUCUUCAUGCUCAAGUUUUUGUCUUCCUCUCAGCGCAAUUUCUACUGGCUUCAGGCGCAAUCGGAAGACCCGAAUCAGCCCGGUCUCUGGAGCGAGCGCGACAAGGGUUGGAUAAAGAAGAUCGACAGCAUCCUGCAGGGCGAGGAAGCAGCCGACGACGAGGAGAUGGGUGAUGCGCCGAUCGACAGCACCGAGAUUGAGCAGGAGGGUGAACAGCCUAGACGCGGCGGCGAGGAUGGUGGCAGGGCGCCCGCUGCUCCGCAGUUCGACCUCACGUCACUCCUCUCCCAGAUCAGAGUUCCCGGUGGGCCAGCUCGCCAGCAGGAGCCUCCUAUCUCACUUCACGAUCUCCUCGAUCCAAGUGAGACUGUCGGCUUGAUCGAUCACGUGUCGUUGGAGACCAUUGAUAACAUGAUCGCCAAUCUUCCGCCGGCAUUGGUCCCUAAGGAUGCCAGUGAAGGCCAGAAGAGGCAGAUCAUUACCAAGGUUCUAAGAUCCCCGCAAUUCACGCAAGGCGCGAUCGGUCUCUCGGCUGCCCUUCGCGAAGGCGCCCUCCGGGGUGUUGCCGACAGCCUGAAGGUGCCCAUCCUGCCUAGCGAGGAAACUACUGCAGCCGACCAGGUGGAGGCUUUGGUGAGGGGAAUCAAGCGGGAGAUUGAGCGCGAGCAGUAAAAUUGUACUUGAGAUUCUGUAUACUACACUCGAAAUACCUAGGAUCUUGAUAGUUAGCCUAUCAAUUGGCACGCCGUCCCAGUCGCUCGGAGUACUUUUUAUUUACUUAAUCAUUAUAGAAUUCGACUUCAGGUAGAG